CACAAGUGCCAAAUACAUUUACUAUCGUGGUCUCUCUCUGCUCUACAAUGAUGGAUUCCAGCCCUCAUGACAAGAACUCUAGAGAAGAAAGUGGAGGUGGUCAGAAAACAAGGAAGAAGCAGAAGAAGAGCAAGGAAGAUGCCUGGAGACCUGAUGAGCCCAAAGACCCGUUUGCCAUGCUGAAUGCUUUACCGGAGGAGAAGCAACAGGAGAUCCAAAGGGCCCUACACCUCUUCUCCCUGGGCAAGGGCCUCCCGAAGACCAUGGAGGAGGCCAGCAGACAACCCCACCCCUUCUGGGACACCCAGCCGGUCCCCAGACUAGUUGACGGCAAUCCUACCACCCAUGGUCCUAUUGAGGUGGAUAAGCCUGUUGUUCGUGAGGAGCCUUAUAGUCUACCGCCAGGGUUCACCUGGGCCCCUCUCGAUCUGGGGGAUCCAGUUGUGCUAAGGGAGCUGUGUACUUUUCUAAAUGAACACUACAGAGAGGAAGAUGACAACACCGCCAGGUUUGACUACUCCCCUGAGUAUCUGUUGUGGGCCCUGUGCCCCCCUGGUUGGCUUCCCCAGUGGCAUUGUGGGGUGAGAGUGAACACCAAUCAGAAGCUAGUAGGCUUCAUCGCUGCUCUGCCAGCUAACAUCCGGAUAUAUGACACUGAGAAGAAAAUGGUGCGAGUGAACUUCCUGUGCGUCCACAAGAAGCUACGCUCCAAACGGAUGGCCCCAGUGCUCAUCAGAGAGGUCACCAGACGGGUGAACCUGCGGGGCGUGUACCAGGCCGUCUUUACCGCUAACGGGGUGCUAACCCGACCUGUGGCCACAUGUAGGUACUGGCAUCGCCCUCUGAACAUACGGAAGCUGAUUGACGUGAAUUUCCCCCUCUCAACCCUGACGGGCAACAUGACCCUCCAGAGGGCCCUCAAGCUCAACCGCCUGCCUGAGGCUCCCAAAACAGCAGGUUUGCGGGCCAUGACGAGGGAUGAUGUGGCCAGGGUAUGUGCGCUACUUCAGGGCUACCUGGAAAAGUUCCACCUGACGCCCAUCCUGUCUGAGGAGGAAGUGGAGCACUGGCUGCUGCCACGAGAGAGUGUCAUUGACACCUACUUGGUGGAGAGUUCUGGCGGUGUGCUGACUGACUUGGUGAGUUUCUAUACUGUCGAGUCCACGGUGAUGAACCAUCCACUACAUGCGGGGCUAAAGGCAGCCCACUCCUUCUGCUCCGUCACCACUUCCACCCCACUGACUGACCUCAUGGAGGACGCUCUGGUCCUUGCUAAAGCUAAAGGCUUUGAUGUCUUCACUGUUCUGGACUUGAUGGAGAACACUUCUUUCCUGGAGAAGCUCAGGUUUGGCAUCGGGGAAAAGAGUGUACACUACUAUCUGUACAACUGGAGAUGUCCCUCCAUGAGCAUGGAUACGGUUGGCUUGGUUUUGCCGUAAUGUCCACGGUCACGGAUAGAAGAGGGUGAACCAAUCGUCACGCGAAAAACAUCUGAAAGCAUCCGCCAAAAUGUUACCUUUGACCUGCAAUACAAUAUGGCGAGUGUACAGGUCAUUGUAAUGCAAACAGGCACUGAGAAAUAAUAUUACCAAUACCACAUACCAUAUACACAAAAGAUGGAAGUGACAAAUAAAGUUCCCAUAAGUAAAAUGUAUUGAAGACAAAUGAAUGUG